AGCACGUCAACCAUGAAAUGCUCCAUUUUCUUGGCUCUUGUGCUCUUCUCAGCCGUCUUGCUCUUCCAGUCAGAAGCCUCCUCUGUUCCAUCUUCUGAAGUACAGAAUACAUUGUUCAAGCCAUCAUCUGUUGUUUUCCGUGCUAAAUGCAAAAUGAUGUGCUCACAAAUGUGCUCUCCGGUUUUGGGAGUAUGUGAUCGGUACAACAAAUGCGUUUGUCUCAAUAAUUAUCGCAUUUUGUAAAUUUUAUUUGUUUUUGAUUUUUGGGCUUUUUGGAUCUCUGGAUUCAUUUAAAAAGUUAUAUUAAUAAAUAUUAUUUCAGUUAAAAAAAAAAAAAAAG